AUUAUUGGAUUAACUCUUCUGUUUCGCAGGCCCAGGAAGCCAAAGAGUUAAAGCUCAGUUUAUUCGCUGCCUCAAACUGUUCAGCAAAAUUAACUUUGGGCCAGGCAUAGAAACGACUCACCCCACCCCCGAGUGCUAAGCCUGUAUCCGUUUAUGUUGGUCUCCAGAGGGCUGAUCGCUGAAGAGUUACACUCGUGUCGCUGCUUUGUAAGAACUCUUGGGAGAUUUUUCACUCAACAGGCUUGUUGUGAUGCGUAUCCCCGUAGAUACCAGCACCAGCCGCCGCUUCACGCCGCCCUCCACCACUUUGAGCCCGGGGAAGAUGAGCGAGGCGCUCCCGCUGGCUGGCCAGGAGAACAGCGGCGCCCUGGUGGGGAAGCUGAGAACUGCAGACCGCAGCAUGGUGGAGGUGCUAGCGGAUCACCCCGGGGAGCUGGUCCGCACUGACAGCCCCAACUUCCUCUGCUCCGUGCUCCCGACGCACUGGAGGUGCAACAAGACGCUGCCGAUUGCUUUCAAGGUAGUGGCCUUAGGCGAUGUCCCUGAUGGGACACUGGUCACAGUAAUGGCUGGAAAUGAUGAAAACUACUCUGCAGAGCUCAGAAAUGCUACAGCUGCCAUGAAAAACCAAGCAGCAAGGUUCAAUGACCUCAGAUUUGUGGGUAGAAGUGGAAGAGGGAAGAGCUUCACCCUAACCAUCACAGUCUUUACAAAUCCUCCACAAGUAGCCACGUAUCACAGAGCCAUCAAGAUAACGGUGGAUGGACCUCGAGAACCCAGAAGACAUCGUCAGAAACUAGAUGAGCAGACAAAGCCCGGGAACUUGUCCUUUUCAGAGCGUCUGAGUGAACUGGAGCAGUUGCGUCGCACAGCCAUGAGGGUCAGCCCACAUCACCCAGCCCCCACACCUAACCCACGAGCUUCCUUGAGCCACACCACUGCUUUUAACCCUCAGCCUCAGAGUCAGAUUCAGGAUACAAGGCAAGUACAGCCAUCUCCUCCAUGGUCCUAUGAUCAGUCCUACCAAUACUUGGGAUCAAUCGCCACGCCCUCAGUGCACCCUGCCACUCCAAUUUCACCUGGGAGAGCUAGUGGAAUGACAUCCCUCACUGCGGAACUCUCAAGCCGACUCUCAAGUGCUUCUGACCUAACAGCAUUCAGUGAUCCCAGGGUGGGACUUGAUCGCCCAUUCUCCACUCUUCCUUCAAUUUCUGAUCCUCGUAUGCACUAUCCUGGAGCAUUCACCUACACCCCAACGCCUGUCAGUUCAGGAAUAGGAAUUGGUAUGUCUGCUAUGACCACUGCCACAAGAUAUCACACUUAUCUCCCUCCUCCAUAUCCUGGUUCUUCUCAGUCUCAAGGUAGCCCAUUUCAGACCAGCUCACCUUCUUACCAUCUCUAUUACGGGACAUCAGCAGGGUCAUACCAGUUCUCCAUGAUGUCUGGGGGAGAUCGGUCACCCCCACGUAUCCUCCCUCCUUGCACUAAUGCUUCCACAGGGUCUACUCUCCUCAACCCCAAUCUUCCAAACCAAAGCGAUGUGGUGGAGGCAGAAGGUAGUCACAGCAACUCCCCUACUAACAUGGGCACCACAGCAAGGCUGGAAGAAGCGGUAUGGCGACCAUAUUGAAUUAAUUAUAAGUAGAGAUGGGCCAGGACUAAAGUGCUUUUUAUCUGCUGAUGCCCAUAGGUAUCCCAUAAAUACCUUUCUUGCCUGUGGGCACUGCCAUGUUUAUACAUCACUUUCAGAAGCAAACGAUCCAAAAGUCAGUACUUCAGGAAUGAUGUCAUGGUGUUAGCCAAUCAGUGAAGGGAUGUCAUUCGAGAAAAGUAGCCUUUUUCAAGGGCUGAACUUCUGGAAAGGAGAACAUUUAAGUUGGUCUAGAGAUAGGGAAGGUGGGUAGAUAGACAUACCAGUGGUCUCCAAACAUCCUUGAUUUUGGAGGUCUCCCAAAGUCCUAAAAAGUGCUUUAGUUCACUUCUAAUUUUAAGACUUAAAAUCUAACACAAUCUUAGUGAGUAUACUUAAUCAUAUGGACGUGUUAGUUAUAAGGAAGUAUAGGAAGAUUCCCAGAGGGAAACUGUGAAUGCUUCUGAUUUAGCAAUGCUGUGAAUGAGAAGUUUUAUAUCUUGGACAUUGACUUUUUUACCAAGUUAUAUAUUCCAAAGAAUAUGGAUUUUUUUAUUAUUAUUAAUUUUUUAAGGAUGCAACUCAUCCUGCUUUGCAUCUAACUUCUUUUAUUUC